AUGGCACUACCAGCUGGCAUCCCGACGCUUGAAGCCUCCCGCACCAAAAACCUCACACGCCCAGACAACGUCUUCUGCACUACUGACCUCAUCGAGUCCCUCAGAUCCUGCAAAACAGUGCCCCACCUGCGCCCUACUAGGACCGACCAUUUUCCCAUCCAUACGAUUUUCGAUCUACCGCUUCCAAGCUCGGCUCCGACACCGCAUCGCAACUUCCGAGAUGUGGACUGGGCAGCAUUCGAUACUGCCCUCCGUGCUGCACUGCAGGGCAGCGAACUCCCGAAGGAGAUCCGAACAAAGGAUGACUUCGACCGCACGCUCUCCUUACUGAUGCAGGCCAUCAACAGGGCGGUCGAGGAGGAGGUUCCCUGCUCCCGACCAUCACCUUUCUCCAAGCGAUGGUGGUCAAAGGAGCUCGCAGCCAUGCGCAAGACAAAGCAGCGGCUGGGCCGAAUAGCUCACAAGCACUGA